AAAAAAAAAAAUAAUGCUUAGAAAAGUUCUAGAGCCCAGCAUUGAAACAAAAAUGUCUUUACAUAGUUUUCUUUCAAGAUUUGGGGCGGGCAGAACAUUUACUCUACAUUCCAAUUUUCUUCCGGGGUUGCCUAGGGUGACCCUGAACAAAUCGAGCUUUGACUCCAGGCUCGACAGGACAAUUAUCGCACACUUACGUGUAA